AUGAAAAUUAAAGCCCUUUCUCGCCCGACAGCGUCGCAACAGGCCCCCGGGUCUGCUACUGUCCGCCAAUCUCGGAAUCUCGAUCCGGCCCAGCAUCCUUUCGAGCGGGCUAGAGAAUAUACUCGAGCCCUCAAUGCCGUCAAGAUGGAGCGCAUGUUUGCUGCACCUUUCCUAGGUCAAAUGGGCGACGGCCACGUUGAUGGUGUGUACAGUAUGGCUAAAGACCCUGGCUCGCUUGACCGCUUUGCCAGUGGCAGUGGCGAUGGAGUAGUCAAGGUGUGGGAUCUUCCAACUCGGAAUGAAGUAUUCCAAACUCAAGCGCACGAGGGUAUUGUGAAGGGCAUGUGCUGGACUCAAGAUAGGAAACUACUCUCUUGCGCCAGCGACAAAACCAUUAAGCUGUGGGAUCCAUAUAAUUCGACUUCUGAGGCUCCUCCGGCGGCAAGCUGGUUAGGCUCAAGCGCUUUUACUAGUGUUUCACAGCAUUACACACAGCCUGCAUUUGCUGCUGCGUCAUCUCAAAUUUCUAUUUAUGACCUUUCGCGCUCCUCCUCCUCUCCCUCGCAAACUUUGCACUGGCCAACCAGCGUCGACACUAUCACUUCCCUUGCUUUUAACCCAUCUGAGACCUCAGUCCUGGGAUCCACCGCACUUGAUCGAUCAGUCAUUCUAUACGAUUUGCGUACUUCCUCGCCAGUGCACAAGAUGGUCCUCAGAUUGGCAUCUAACAAAAUUUGUUUCAACAUGAUGGAACCAAUGAACUUUGCUGUGGCCAACGAGGAUCACAACGUCUACUUGUUUGAUAUGAGAAGGACCGAUCGCGCUCUGAACGUCCUCAAGGACCAUGUCGCUGCUGUUAUGGAUGUUGAGUUUAGUCCAACUGGCGAGGAACUGGUAACUGCAUCAUAUGAUCGUACAGUCCGUCUCUGGUCAAGAUCCAAGGGCGCGAGUCUUGAUAUCUAUUUCGGCAAACGUCAGCAGAGAGUCUUUUCUGCCAUGUUCACACCUGAUAACAGCUAUGUCCUAUCCGGAUCAGACGACGGAAACGUUCGUCUUUGGCGCGCUAAGGCAUCCGACAGAAGCGGAAUCAAGAGCGCCCGCCAACGCAGCAAGUUGGAGUAUGAUCAAGCUCUUAUCAAGAGAUACUCGCAUAUGCCUGAAAUUCGCCGCAUCAAGCGCCAGCGCCAUGUUCCCAAGUCCAUUAAGAAGGCUGGUGAAAUCAAGCGCGAGGAGCUGGCUGCUAUUAAGAGACGUGAAGAAAAUGUUCGGAAGCAUACAAGCAAGAAGGAUCUGAAGCCAAGACAGAGUGAACGUGAGAAGAUGAUUCUGGCUCGGGAGCAAUAA